AACUCUAACUAGCAGAAAAAGGAAGACAAGAGAACCAAAAGAAAAGGAGUUGCAUGCAAGCAUACUGCAAAUGUCUAAUCUCACUUUCUGUUUCCUUCACCCACCCUGUCAAAUUACAAAGAAUCUCUAGAAAAACAGAUAUUACUUCUUCUUCUUAAGCUUUACUGCUUGUUAGGCUGAUUUUUCUUCAUCCUACAACCUUUGUCCCUUCUUGGUCUAAUUUUGAGUUUGAUGGAGUCAAAGACCUUUAUGUGAUUUGGAAUAGAAAAAGAUCAAUAUUUUCUCUGUUUUACAUUACCGGAAAGUUAAUAAUAUUGUCUAGCUAGAUAUCGGAAAUAGAGACCAUAUUUACUCUGGCAAAAGAAGUUUUAGUGGAGAGCUUGUGCUCAUAUGUUACACAUGUAAUUAUAAUUAACUUGCCUUAUUUACAUUGAUUUGUCUUAGCUGGUGAUGAUUAUUUAAGGUAUAAUUCAGAUGGUUGCCCAAUAAAGUGAUUACAUUUCUUUAAGACUCUUCUUGAGUUCACAACAGAAUAGAGGGAAAAGAAUGAUGAUUAGUUGUAUCCAAGGAGUCUGGCCUUAAUUUGGACCAAGAGAUCUUCGAAUGUAAUCUCUCACACACAAGCAUAAACCUAACACAGUUUAAUAGUCUCUAGAGUCUAGACACAUUAUCAAUAGAUAUACAGAGAGUGAGAGAUGACUCGAGACGUACAAGCAAGGAUGAAUACCUUUAUGUUAGAUACCAUGGAAUCUGCUAAGUCUACCGCUGCUGCUGAUGAUGAUAAUAGCUCCAAAAGAAAAGGAACGUGGGUGACAGCAGGUGCACAUAUCAUAACAGCAGUUAUUGGUUCAGGAGUUUUAUCUCUUUCAUGGGCCAUUGCCCAGUUAGGAUGGAUUGCUGGUCCCGUUACCCUCUUACUCUUCUCUGCCAUCACUUGGUUCACUUCUACUCUGCUAGCUGAUUGUUGCAGGGACCCUAUCUCGGGAAGAAGAUGUAGCAGCUACAUGGAUGCUGUAAAAUCUAAUUUAGGAGGAAUCCAUUACAAGCUUUGUGGAUUCGCUCAAUAUGGGAAUCUUGUAGGGAUAUCAAUUGGAUAUUCAAUCACUGCAGCUAUUAGUAUGGCGGCAAUUAAAAGAUCAGGUUGCUUUCACAAGAACGGCCACGAUGCAGGCUGCCAUGUUAAAAACAACGUGUUUAUGAUUAUCUUUGGCUUCAUAGAGAUCAUAUUAAGCCAAAUUCCUAAUCUUCACGAGCUUUCGGGACUCUCCGUGGUUGCUGCUAUCAUGUCUUUUGCAUACUCUACCAUAGGCCUCGGUCUCUCCAUAGCCAAACUUGCAGAAGGUAGUCAUGCUAGGACAAGCCUAACAGGGACAACCGUGGGAGUGGAUGUGACAAGCGCGCAGAAGAUCUGGAACUGCUUCGAAGCCAUGGGAGACAUUGCCUUCGCUUAUGCUUUCUCUACUGUCCUCGUCGAGAUACAGGACACAGUAAAAUCAAAUCCACCAGAAAAUGAAGCCAUGAAGAAGGCUACCUCUGUUGGGAUCUCAAUCACCACCGUGUUCUACAUGUUGUGUGGAGUUUUGGGUUAUGCAGCACUUGGGAACAAGGCACCGGGCAACUUCCUAACAGGAUUUGGUUUUUACGAGCCAUACUGGCUUAUCGACGUAGCUAAUGUGUGCAUUAUUGUACAUCUUGUGGGAGCUUAUCAGGUAUUCUGCCAACCAAUAUUCAAGUGCGUGGAAGACUGGUGCUCUAACCGGUGGCCAAACAACAGUUUCAUAAAAGAAGGGCGCCCGAUCAGCCUUCCUAUCUUCGGGGUUUACCAUUUCAGUGCUUUCAGGCUUGUCUGGAGAACCGCUUAUGUGAUUAUGACCACCACUGUGGCGAUGAUAUUCCCAUUCUUCAACGAUGUUCUUGGUCUGCUUGGUGGUGCUUCAUUCUUGCCGUUGACUGUGUAUUUCCCGAUACAGAUGCACAUAGCAAGAGAAAAGAUUCAACCAUGGAGCUGCAAAUGGAUAUGGCUAAACGUCCUGGUUCUACUCUGCUCGGUUAUAUCACUUCCUGCAGCUGCUGGUUCCAUUGAAGGAAUUGUUAAGGAUCUCAGAAUCUUUAAGCCUUUCACCUCUGUUUCUUAAUGUCUUCGUCUCCAUCCUCCUUUCAUAAGACAAAAAGCUUAGGAGAUAGUGUUUUCUUGGGAAAUUUAUGUAGUAUGCGUUGGCAUGAAAUAAUAAAAAGGUAGAGGGCAGCCGCAGCCUCAGGAAGUCAGCAAGUGGACUGAAUUCUAGAUUCCAAACUAUGUGAAAGGCCAUGGCCUCUACUGUUGUUUUUCCCUCUCGUUGCCCCACUCCGGCACUCCCCAUUGCUCUCAAACCUGGAUGCCACCAAUACUAGGCAUUGGGCAGUGGUCAAUAAUGAAUGAUUUAAUUGUCUAUUUGGCUGUUUGUUAAGUUCUA